AUGGACGCUACAGAUGCGAUGUUCCACUUGGAUGCAGUAGCACAUUCUGUGCCAGAACCUGUAUUCCCGCCUGAAAAUCUAAACUCUCACGUCUCUGGUAUUCUUCGUGCCACACGACCUUUCCUUGAUACCGACCAUGACUGGAUACUCCCCAAUAUCGAGGACCUCCAACAACAGGUCUCGGUAUACGACACCUUGCUAGACCGCAUCGAUGCAAUCAGAUCAAAGUGCCCAUUCGCCGUCUUCCCAGGGACGUUCUUCGAUCCGUGUUUCACUGAGAUGCAAAUCUCGCAGUGGCAGAACGCUAACAAACCUAAGCCGUCAUGGUGGCACGAGGAAGAUCGCGUGGUGCUGGUUUUUUCACAGGUUCCGUGGGUGCUCUGUCAUGUAUGCGGUGCUUGGAGAGAUAUAGUUAUAUCCUAUCCCCAGCUCUGGUCACAUAUAGCGCUUAACUUUACUGUCCCCUCCCCGUUCAAGGUGCCUGCCCUGGCGAGCACCGUCGUUUCCUAUCCUCUUGAAAUAAUGUUCAAACUCGAUUACAACAGCGAUGAAGAUAUGGCCGUUCAAGCUCUUUCCGUGAUUGUCAAAGAGUCAUAUCGGUGGAGGACCUUGCGGCUAUGUACAUCUCUGAAGGUGUUGGAGCGGUUGAAUGUGGUUCGCGGAAAGAUUCCUUGUCUGGAGUCUUGCACUUUGACCGCUUUGGAUAUGCCAGAAACCGGCAGACUGGGAGCAGGCGUGCCUGAAGGUACUCGAUUCAUCUUCGCUGAAGCCCCUCGUCUUCAAAAGGUGACUUUAUGCGGUACCCGCGGUCUCAGGGAUUUCAUAUUUCCUCCCCGUAUCACUCAUCUUGCGGCAUAUGCGAGGAAUAUCUCUAACCUUGGAAUUUAUCUGUCUCUCGUAGAAUGCCAUCUCAUGGUACAUCGAACAGACGAUCAGGAUAUCUCCCCCCCCCCCCUUCACAUUUCCCUUCCCAAUGUCCGGUGCCUUUUUGUGACAUCACUGCGAGUACUAGCACACCUGUGCCUACCUUCCUUAAAUAAUCUCACAGUCCAUCGUAUCAACUCAGACCCUACCAGCGAUGCAAACCCCCGCGAUGUUCAGAUCGUGAACGAUUUCAUCCGACGUUCGCGGUGCUCCCUUUCCAGAUUAGUCUUCCGUUCUUCGAACACCGAUGAUCAAAUCUUUAUCCGAGAGUCAUUCUUAUUCAUGGACACUCUAGUGUUCUUGGAAAUUUUUUUCCUUCAGGGCAUUCAAGAUACCUUCAAUGCCCUUGCUCCCGUCGGAUUUCUCCCAAAUUUGCAGCAUCUAAGGCUAUAUUGUUUCGAUAUACCUUCAUCGCAAGAAUCCCUCAUUGCAAUGGUAUCAUCGCACAGCCAGAAUCUUCGUUCGAUCAAAAUUUAUUGUUCCAAGCCUGAGGAUGCGGAGAGCUUCAAUCGACAUAUCGCACGGCUGCAGCAACCCGGACAACACUUUAUUGCUACACAAAAAAGACUAGACCAAAACCCUUUUGGAACGCAGUCGCAUUUCGGCAUUUUCAGUCAACCCGAUUUAUAUGUUCCGGUUGACAAGUGA